AGGGAGGCUGGCAGCAGUGGGAUUGUGGUGGGGUGUGCUUUAGGUGCUGUGCUGGAAAGAAGCUGGAUCCUUCCAUAACUGAGCUUCGAGGCAUCUGCAGGCUGAAUGUGAGUUCUGAAGUUGAAUUCCAGUUUGUGGAUUCCUCUGAAUGUCUCCCAGAUGUUGCCAGCCAAGCUUCAAUUAAGAAUGAGUGCAGGAAAAUCUGGUCACUUCUCCGCAGUGGGAAGUUUUCCUGUCCCACCACCAGGGAGCCUGUCAACAGCCCAGAUGGUAAAGCAGACCUCAACAAGUGCCUGAUGUGCCAAAGACUGCUGGAAAAAGGCUCAGACAAAGGGCGGGGUGGUGAGGCGAACAGGAAUGUGAACUCCUUGGGAGAGGAUGACUGCCGAGAGUUUCGUGACCUUUUCAAGAGAGGGAAACUUUCCUGCACCAGAGAAAAUGACCCUGUCCGGGAUGCCUCUGGGAAACAGCACAGCAAUAAGUGCAUCAUGUGUGCAGAGAAGUUCAAAAGGGAGAAUGAGUGGAAGCUAUCUAAAAACAGACAAGGAAAAGAUAAGGAUGACUGCAGCGAGUUUCGCUCCCGGUUUGAGGCUGGCGGACGACUCUCCUGCACAAGGGAGAAUGCUCCUGUCCGGGAUUCCUCUGGAAAGCAACACAUCAACAAAUGUCUCAUGUGUGCUGAAAAGUUCAAAAAGGAAGCCCAAAGAGGAGGUCAGUCUGGCGGAAUUGGCCAGCGCAACAAACAAUCCACAUCAGAGCGCGUGAACCAGAAGAGCUGCGGUGGUUCAGGGUCACAGCAGAGUGUUAAUGAGAGACGUCCCUCAUCAAGCAGAGGCCCACAAGGAAAUAGAGGUCAGAGUGGAAGGAACUGCAACCGGGCACCUGGCCGCAAGACGCAGAACAGAGACACUGGUACCUACGAGAUGCUGGACUGUGAUCGAAUUCUGCAUGGGGUAAAGGGUGGAAGGAUUUUCUGCAGCGAAUCCUCACAACCAGUCUGUGGCACUGAUGGGAAAACAUACAAAAACGAAUGUGACUUGUGUUCAGCUGCCAUGAGAGCAUCAAACUACAUCACAGUAAACUAUCGAGGUGAAUGCCGAAAGCCUGCCCCUGAAGUGGGCGAAUAAAGGAAGAGUCGAUGUUGAGCAUCAGGGAGCUGUUGAGUUCCCAAGACUGCUGGAGCUGCCUUAAUCCCCUUCUGCAGAGAACGGGGCUGUCCUUGUUCAGGUGGAGGGCAAAGGGCUGUGGGGACCCAGCGGUGUCUCCCCAGGUCUGCCCGGUGCGUGCCGUUGCGGUCUCUGCCGCCUCGCUGUGUCUUGGUGUGCUUCUACAAUAAAGAUAACUCAGCAGCUUCA